AUGAAGUUUAUGAUUAUUACUGUUGCUUUCCUUGCAUUUGCCAAUGCGGCACUGAUCACAAAGAGAGAAACAAACCCGUUCAAGGUGAUGAUAAUGAAUGAUGAUGUCAAGGUCAGCCCAAGUGUUGCAGGAGAAGUCUGCGAAAAUUGCCAAGCCUUUGUGCAGAAGAUCAAAGAUACCAUUGGAGAUGUUGGCGAUGUGACGAAGGAGAAGCUGAAAAGAAAAGGGAAAACGAUGAUCACAAUGUCGCCGCAUUUUUUGUGCGGCAACACAGAAUUAAAAUCGAAAUUUAGGAAGUUUGCAAACGUUUGCCCGAAGAUUUCCCUGGAGUUAAGGAGAUCUGUGACAGCAUCUCUCCGAAGGUCAUUGAUUUCAUUUACAACUACAUCAAGAACGUUGGCAAGGGCAUUGACCCAGUGGGAAUCUGUCGAGCCAUCUUCCUUUGCCCACAGAAAUGA